CUUCCGUUCAUAAGUUUCAUUCACUGAUUGUUUUUGUAAUCGAGCUCUUAAAUUAAAAAUCAUCUUUUUCAUAAAUUCUUCUGAGAUAACAUGUCUUGCUGUGGUGGAAACUGUGGUUGUGGAUCUGCCUGCAAGUGCGGCAAUGGUUGCGGAGGUUGCAAAAUGUACCCAGACUUGGAGAACACCACCACCGAGACACUUGUCCUCGGCGUUGCUCCAGCUAUGAGCUCUCAGUACGAGGCUUCCGGCGAGACUUUCGUCGCCGAGAAUGAUGCCUGCAAGUGCGGAUCUGACUGCAAGUGCAACCCUUGCACCUGCAAAUGAACAACUCCAUAUAAACCCUAAAUAACCUUAAUGUUAUGUUAGGUGUUUGCUUUUAUAUGUAAUAAAUUGGCUGACUUCGCCGGUAGUUUUACCGAGGGACGUUGGUCUUCUUUGUUGUUCUUCUUCUGUGUGUUUUUAUGGUUUGGUGGUCACUGAGAUAUCUCUGUAUGCUAUGUCAAUGUGACUUUUAUAAACCAAAAUUAUUAUGGCUUUUGUAUUUGUGUCUUUGGAGUGACAAGUUUCAGUUAGAAACUUUUAAAGUUUGCUUCUUUCUU